UAAAAAUAAAUGAAAAAUACAUAAUUAUAGAGGAGCCGUGUCUUAAUUAGGGUAAGGAAAAGGCGUUCCUUGUUGACACGCGUAGGCAUUUGAGAGGUCAGAAGAAUUGUGUUCCUUCUUCGUCGUUUCUCUCUCCUCUCUCUCUCUCCCUCGCGAAAAUUCUCUCCCGGUUGGAACCUCCAAUCCGAAGACGGCACGAAGAGACGAGAUGAAGCUGCGGAGGAGACGAGAAGCUUCGGAGGAGAGAUGAGAUGAAGCUUAGGAGGAGAGAGCUUCCGGUAGUGAAAGCGGGUUGGAUUGUAUCGAUGGUGAUCUUGUUAAAGUUGUCUUAGAUAGCUAUGGAUCAGAUAGUUAACGUGAAUGAGUUUCAAGAGCUGGCGAAGCUCGUUCUCCCUAAGAUGUACUAUGAAUUCUACAGCGGUGGAGCAGAGGAUGAGCACACUCUCAAAGAAAACGUGGAAGCUUUCACUAGAAUCAUGUUUAGGCCUAGAGUUCUUGUUGAUGUGAGCAAAAUAGAUACGUCUACAAGCAUAUUGGGUUACCCUAUCUCAGCUCCAAUCAUGAUUGCUCCAACAGCUGUGCAUAUGUUGGCUCAUCCAGAAGGAGAAACCGCGACGGCGAAGUCUGCAGCUGCGUGUAAUACUAUCAUGAUUGAUAUCUCCAAAGAUGAAGAACUUUGAAGGUUUAUUUUCAACUGAACUCCAACCUAGUGAAGGUUCAGGGAUUGAAGCCUUGGCCUCUCGUGCACUUGAUGCUUCCUUUAGUUGGAAGGGAGUGAAGGUUCAAUGUUGAUGUCAUCAUCUCUUGCAUUAACUUUACACUAGCAGUAGGGUUUAAAAUUCUCUAGAAGAGUAUGAUGGUAGUGUAUCUGCAUGACUUAUCUCUCUAAUGUCUAGAGUUUUGUUGAUGUUUACAGUAUUUUUAAAAACCCCAAAAAUAAGAGACUUGCAUUGGAAGUACUGA